AUGUGGGACGACACCCCCAGAAGAUCUAGAUCGCGAUCCCCGCCGCGGCGCGAGCCUCAAAGUAGCAAAGGCUUCAGGUGGAAGGACACUUCUCGCGGCAAGGGUGGUGGCAAUGGUCGACAAGACUCCGGACGGCGUCGAGACUUUCGCGAUCGCUCUCCCCACCAGGCCGGCAUGCGCCAGAGAGUUGGUGACGGUGACAGGGACCGCAACCGAGACUCUAUAAGAGAUAGAGAUGGAUUCAGAGACGGGGACAGAUGGGGCAAGGAAAGGGACAGCAGAGAUGGACGCAGAGAUGGACGCAGAGACGGACGCAGUGACGGACGCAGUGACGGACGCAGUGACGGACGCAGUGACGGACACAGAGAGCGAGUUCCAACCCGGGGCGACGACGUGGGGUUGAACGACAAAGGCAAAGAAAAGAAAAAAGACAAAAAAGAGAAGAAGCCAACAGCGACGGCGGCGGGCGCAGGCCAGGAGAUGAUCAUCGUUCAUGUCAAUGAUCGUCUCGGCUCCAAGACUGCUAUCCCAUGUCUACCAUCCGACACCAUCGGCCAGUUCAAGCUCAUGAUUGCGGCCCGUGUCGGUCGAGAUGCGGGACAAAUUAUGCUUCGCCGUCAGGGCGAGCGGCCGUUCAAAGACCAGCUGACCCUGGAGGACUACGGAGUGUCUAACGGAGUGCAACUCGAUCUCGAGGUUGACACCGGCGACUGA